AUGUCUUCAUGUGCUUCAUCUUCAAAGGGAAAGAGAAAGUUGAAUGAGGUGAAAAAGCUAAGUGUGCUUAUUGUGGCUGAUGAUGAUAUAUCUCAAAAUUCAUAUAUAUUAUGUCUUCAAAAUUUUGGAGUGGAGACAUUAGGAGUAAGAAAUGGAUUUAUGGCAUUCAAUAUUCAUGAUAAAACACAAAUGCGUUUUGAUUUAAUCCUAAUGAGCUCAACUAUGCCUAUUAUGGAUGGUAUCAAGGCAACAAAAAAGCUUCGAUCGAUGGGGAUUACUACGAUGAUUGUGGGAAUAACAACUCCAGAUGACAAUGAAGAAUAUUGCAAAGAAUUUAUGAAUGCUGGACUUGAUGAAUGCUAUGAGAAGCCAUUAACUAAGGAAAUACUUCAGAGUCUUGUUGAGAAAAUUUCCAACAAAGUUUAA